UAUUUUGACAGGAAGAGACCCGGAAGUGUUCUCCACUGUGGCUGACUUUUAGCAAAAUAGCGUCUAUCUUCUACACCUGGUGAAGGAGUUGUUACGUUGAUCAGGUAUCUCCAUCAGUCCUGAUCCACCAGAGUCUCUCGACGUCUGGAUAAACCUCUGACGGACUUUCAGCUGCUCACCUUUUUCCUGGAUCUUGUUUCCUCUCAAUCAUCUCCCGGUAGCAUGCUAAGCUAUUGGAGUUAGCUUAGCAUGCUAGCUGGAAACAGACCGAAGUUAGCAACACAGCGCUAGUCCGAGUUUAACGGAGUUUAUCUGGAGGAAACGUGUCUGUGAUUCAGUGAAGAUGUCUAAAGUCCAAAUGCUGAGAUGUUUAGUGACGCAGCGACUCACCGAGGCUGCUGAAGAGAUAUUUGGCCUGUUUGAAAGAACGAUAGCAGAGUACGAGGAGGAAACUUCUAGAUUAAAAGAGGACAACGAGCGACUAAAGAAACGUCUGCACGCUGUUUUGAACCCGGAGGUCCGCAUACAAAGAGCAGACCUCCAGCAGCUGUUUGUGCUUAAAGAAAAGCAGCAGAAGGGCUCAGAGCGCCCCCAGAUUAAAGAGGAACAGGAGGACCCAGAGCUGCAAGGGCUGAAGGAGGCUGAUAUGAAGGUCUCAUUCACUCCUGUGAAGCGUGACAAUGAUGAAGAUGAAACUCAGUCCUCUCAGCUUUAUCAGAGACCAACUGAACAGAUGGAGACAUCAGGGGACAGAGAGGACUGUAGAGGACCAGAAACAGACAGGAACACGGGUACGGAUGCUCCUUCAGAACCAGAUACUGAUGAGAAGACUGGAGACUCUUCUGAAACUGAGACUGGAGACUCUUCUGAGACUGAUGACAGUGAUGAUUGGAAUAAGACCAGAGAACCUCAGUCUGUUUUUAACUCUCAUAAUAAUGGUGAAGCUUCUGUCAGUGAUUCAAGAUGUAGAACAAGUGAGAAACCUUUGAUCUGUUCUGAGUGUAAAAAAACAUUUGGUUGCAUUAAAAAGCUGACGAGACACAUGAUGACCCACACAUCAGAGAAACCUUUCAGCUGCUCACAGUGUGGAAAAGGUUUCACUGAAAUUGGAGAUCUGAAGACACACAUGAGAAGUCACACAGGGGAGAAACCGUUCAGCUGCUCUCAGUGUGGAAAACGUUUCACUGAAAUUGGAGAUCUGAAGACACACAUGAGAUUUCACACACGGGAGAAACCUUUCAGCUGCUUGCAGUGUGGGAAACGUUUCACUGACAUUGGAGAUCUGAAGACACACAUGAGAUUUCACACACGGGAGAAACCUUUCAGCUGCUUGGAGUGUGGGAAACGUUUCACUGAAAUUGGAGAUCUGAAGACACACAUAAGAUUUCACCUAUCAGCUGCUUAGAUUGUGGUUAACGUUUCACUCAAGGUGUCUUUGUAUCUGUGAUCCACAGUCUCAUUGACUGAAUCUUUUUCUCUGCUGAUGUGAGGGUUUUCGGACCGAGGAUGUUGCAUGUGAACCGACUGUGAAGCCCUUUGAGUCGAAUUUCUGAAUUUGGGCCUUAAAAUAAAAUCAAUUGAAGUCUGUUCUGGCAGAUGGUCAGUAAAUUCAUAUUGAAAACACAACUCCAGUAGUCACAGGGUCACACACACAAACCCCAAACUAUAGUAAGGUUAUUCACUGGAAGGGUGUAAUCUAAGUUGUGUUGCCUACUGUUAAUAUUGUAACAUUACCCAGCCUUAUAUCAUCAUGUUUACUGUUGAAAUACAAGUUUGACUGAUUUUUAUGUUCCAUUUGCAGUUGCUGCAGGCGUUCAUAUUAUCAACGUAUUACUGCAUAGAUUUUCGUGAACCAUCUGGUGUAAAUGCUGCUGCUUGUUACGGUGCAGAAUUGUGUAUACCGUGCAGAUACACUGUAAAUACCAAAAGGCCUUUAAUGUGUUCAUGGAUUGACUUUUUUCUAGGAAACAUGUUGGUAGAAAAACCUCCAACCUAAAUCCUGUUAUUUCAAUAUGCAUUGUCUGUUAAUCUGCAUUUUCAGCUAAGUAUAUAUUUUUAUAACAAAACAUAUCUUUUUGGAUUAAACAUUUUACAUUGCUCAGCGAGCACAGGCGCUGAAAAUAAUAUGAAGGACAUUAAUCGAUUUUAUUUUGUAUUUUGCGUGAGUGAAUAAAUUAUUUUUAUAAUU